UAUUCCGCCUACUUAUCUAUGACGCACCAGUCACGUGUUGUUUGUGCUCCGCUCUGUAGAGAUAUGUAGAGAGGGAGAAGGGGGCAGAUUGCUAGCCAGCUAGCUUGGAUUCUAACGAUUAUAGAAACGUGGAUAUGUUGCACAGGGGCGGCUUUAUUUCAUAAAACCCCAUAUUGGAUACCUAUUUUUCGCGAAGAGGCCUGGGCCGGUCGUUUUUAACUUAACAAUCUGACAUUUUUGCUUUGAUUGUAGCUAACCAUCGCGCGGUGUAGCCACCACAAUACAGCAGCGCCAGCCGGAGUCCGUCUCUUAAACAAGAAUGGGGUCUAGGUCCACAGCACUGCUUAGGUAAAGUGACCUUUGGUUGUGUUCUAUAAAUGGCCAAUUUGAUGAAUUACCAAGAAAACAAAGCCGCUAUGUUGUUGGUGGAGACGCAACAGAGGGGCAUCGGGACGACACCAGCGGCUACGGCAGCCAACGGCUACACCUCAAUUGGGGAACCCCCUUCCCCCUUAUUGAAUAUCUGCGGUGGCAGUGGAGCUCGUUUUCAUCAGCACAUGCCGCCCUCCAACCACCACAGCCACCAUCACUAUCCCCAGAGCUCGCUGUCCAAAGAACAACGCCCGCUGUUGCACCACUAUCCGACGGGGACACAGCAACAGCAGCAUACUCUCUCUGGUGAAAACAUCACAGGGUCCCCGGUAAGGAAAGCCUCGUUGUCGUCUUUGAACCUGGUACAUGAGGACCCCUCUGCUAGCCACCACGCACUCGCUGCAUCGGUGAACGCGGCGUCGGCUGCAAUUCAAUUGGCUGCGAAUGCUAACGUUAGCGUCGCUACCUCAGGGGUCAUGGACGACAUUCGGAAGUGUGGCUACCUACGGAAACAGAAGCAUGGACACAAGAGGUUUUUCGUUCUGAGGGUGGCGAGCCACCUAGGCCUCAGCCGGCUGGAGUACUAUGACAGCGAUAAAAAAUUCCGCAGUAGCCUGCGGUCUUCAGCAGCAGCCCCGAAACGGGUGAUCUAUCUGUAUCAGUGCUUCACAGUCAACAAAAGAGCGGAUUCCAAGAACAAACACCUCAUAGCCCUCUACACUAAGGAUGAGUACUUUGCCAUUGUGGCUGAAAACGAGCAGGAGCAAGAGGACUGGUAUGUAGCCCUGAGUGAACUAAUGAGUGAGGGGAAAAAGGGGCAUCUAGACUCUGACGAGUUGGAUGAUGGCUAUGGUACAGUCACACCAGGUACGGUUUUCAAAGAGGUGUGGCAGGUGAAUGUGAAACCCAAAGGUCUGGGUCAGACCAAGAACCUCACAGGUGUGUAUCGUUUAUGCCUCUCUUCUAAAACUAUCCAUCUGGUCAAACUAAACUCUGAGACACCGUAUGUCAACCUCCAGUUAAUGAACAUCAGACGAUGUGGACACUCAGAAAGCUUCUUCUUCAUCGAGGUGGGUCGGUCAUCCUCCAUAGGACCAGGGGAGAUAUGGAUGCAGGUAGAUGACUCUGUCGUGGCUCAGAACAUGCACGAGACCAUCUUAGAGACCAUGAAGGCUCUGAAGGCCUUCGUAGAGAUCCGCCCUAGGAGUAAAAGCCAAUCAUCGGGCUCCAACCCCAUGGCGUUCAUCACCACCCGCCGUCACCUAGGCAACCUGCCGCCGAGCCAGACUGGUCUCCAGCGCCGCUCCCGGACCGAGUCGGCGGUCGGUACGCCACCAUCGAGUAAGAGCUCCGGUGCCAGUGGCUACCGCUUCAGGACGUCAAGUGAAGGCGAAGGGACGAUGAACCGGCCAUUCCGGUCUGUUACCGGCAGCCUGAUCCACCUGAACACCGCCCGGAUACACCUAGGGCGCCAGGAGGGUGGGGGAGGGGCAGGGAACACCGGGGGAGGAGGGCGCUACGCCAGGGCGCUACCGGGCUCCAACUGCCACACCCGCUCCGCCUCGCUCCCAGUCUCCCACUUCUCCUCCACCACCUCCCCCGUUAGUGUGUCCAGCAGCAGCGGUCACGGCUCAGUCUCUGACACCCUCACCCGGCCCUCCAGCUCGUCCAUAUGCGGCUCCCCCUCUGACGGAGGCUUCAACUCCUCAGACGAGUACGGCUCAAGCCCCGGAGACUUUCGCUACUUCCGAGUCCGUAGCAACACACCCGAUUCGCUGGGCAACACCCCACCAAUCAGAGAAGAGAACUGCCUGAGUGACUACAUGGCCAUGGGCUGGCACCGUGAGGUGUUUGGAGCGGGCGGCGUGAGUAGCUCUGGCGGUGCCGAGGCCCCCCACCGGGACGAGAGCACGUCGACGGACGAAGACCGGUCUCUGAGGCGACGGACACACUCUUUCACGCGGCCCGGGAGUCAGGGUGGAGUUGCCGGCGGUAGCAGCUGCGUGGCUGUGUACCAGAAAAUGACCCAGACCACCUUCUCACAGGACGAGUUGGUGUCUGUGGAAGAGGCUCUGUCUCUGGGCCGCACCGGCAGCAGCAACCAACCUUCCUCCACAUCGUCCUCCCUCCGCUCCGACUACAGCUCCUGCUCCGAGCACAGCCAGGGCAGACCCCCUCUUUCCUCCUACCCCUCCUCCUCGGCCAAGGAGGACAGUGGCUAUAUGCCCAUGUUGUGUGGGGUGGCAGCCUCACCCCGCGACACCCCGGAUUACAUGCCUAUGCAACCUAGCUCCCACUCUCAUCCCCAUCACCACUCUCUCUCACACCCUCCCCAGCCCUCCCACUCCCCCCAGGCCUCUAGCCCAGCCCUGGCCCCACGCUCGGCCCACCAGCUCCAACCCCACCAGCCUACAGACCCCCAGGGCUACAUGAUGAUGCUACCAGGGGGACCGAGCUCCUCUUCUCCAGUCCAGGCCUCCCCAAGUCCCCACAGCAGUAGCAGUAACAUGGGUCUGGGUGUCGCUAGUUCUGGUAGUAUAGUGGAGCGGCCUGAGACUGGAGAGUACAUGGACAUGUCGUACAGCAGUGGAAGAGGAGGGAACGCGACAGGAGGACGGAAGCUCUCCAACGAGGGAGGAUACUACACACUGAGCAACCCUGAAGGUAUCCCUAAAUCAUACAGUCCCUACUUCUCCCUGCCUCGCUCCUACAAGGCCCCCGUCGCCAGAGAUGGUGAACAGAGAAAAUGGGAGCAUGAGGAAUACGUGCCUAUGAGCUCCCCAGCUAAACCCAUCUACUCCCAGGUCACUGGUGUUACGACAAAGGGUUUCAGUAGUGGGGGGUCAGACACCCCUCACGCUCACCACCCCCCGCCCUACGGUGCCCACCACCAAGUAGCUCGAGGUGACCGGCGAACGACUGCGGUUCGACCCAACCGCCUCCCCUUGGGCCGCCACAGCUUCCAUGGGUCGCUUAGUGUUAGUGAGCCAGCAGCUGCCGAGGGACCCUCCAGCCCCGGCGAGUACAUCAACAUCGAGUUUGGGGAUCCCUACGGACCCCCCACAUCCUGCCCUCUCUCUGACCAGUACGUCUCGCCCUCGAUGGGCUCCGCCGAGCAGUGUCACUCCCCUCCCCAGAACCAGGACUAUAUGAGUGUAGAGGUUGGAGGUGGGCGUGAUGAUGGUUGCCGCCUGACUAAGAACCAGUCCCCCAGACCCUCUCUGGUGGCCCCAUGGAACCCACCCAGCUACAUUCGACCACCGACCGCCAAUUCCUCCCUGAGUGGAGCUCCUGGCUCUUCUGGAGCUCACUGGCGGACGGGAACAGAUGACUACACAGAUAUGACCUUUAACCUUAGCAAGGAUGAGAGGUCGCGGGGUCACAGAGUAGCCCCACAGCUAUGCUGCAGCACCUGUGUGUGAUGGAGGGCCGGUACCCCCCUACCUUACUCCCCCACACCAUCAGCCCUCCCUCAUCCUUCAGCCCCCAGCCUGAGCCCCCCAAAGUGGUACGUGCUGACCCCCAGGGGCGACGCAGACACAGCUCUGAAACCUUCU